CAGCACGACGUCGCAUUCGUUUUAGUUCAAUGGCGGACGGUAAUGAAAAAAGUGGGAGUGAUCUUUGUUUUGCUUUAAAAUCAAAGAAUUUAGUAGAACAACUGUUUUAAAAAAAUGACAAUAGACGAAAAAUUCAGGCAAAUAAUAAGUUGCAGUGUUUUAUAAAAUGCACAAGCUAGUGGUAAUCGCGAAUCACAGUGGAAUGAGAUAAAGUGAACAAACAACAAACAAAAAAGGAAAAAAAUUCCGCAAAAUACUGCGAAUGGGCAUAGACAGACAAUACGCGGAAGCAGUGUAAAAUAGGAAAAGCAACGUAAAAACGAACUUUGUACGCUGUUGCGAGUACACAAAAGUGAAUUUAUAAAUUGAAAAAAAAAAAAUCAGAAAAUGUCUGCACAACGUUUAAACGCGGUCGACAAAGAAUUGGAAAAAUACAUAAAAUUCCUGGCGCUCAAAUCAGCACAAGUUGUGGUGCAGUCGCGCCUUGGCGAGAAGAUACAAACUCAAUGCAAUCCACUGGGUGGCAACGAUUGGUUCAACAUUGUCGUACAGGAUCAUCCUGAUGUGCUGGACGAGACGAAACGUGCCCUGGCGCUGAAGCCAGGUGAUAGCAUAUUGCAACGCCUGCCUCUGUGCAUUGAGAUCUCGCUAAAGACAAGCGAAGGCGACAAAAUGAUACUUGAGGUGUGGUCGUUGGAUCUGCUUCCAGUUGAAAACAAUAAAGCUGCAGCUGGUGAGGAUUGCAAGGGCGAAGGCUGCAACACAAACAUCUGCAAUGACAGCCAAACACUAAAGGCCCCCCAUGCUAUCUAUAAUCGGAUGAGCAUUAUGCUAAAGUCCCUCAUUUCGCUCACCCGCACAACGCCUGCCUAUAAAUUGUCACGGCGUCAGUGCCCGGACUCAUAUAGCAUCUUUUAUCUCAUCUAUGUGGAUCGACCGAAGGUGCAUACACUGGGCGAGGGGCACAAACAGGUCAAGAUUGGGCAGCUCAAUACAAUUUUGGGCUCUCUAACCAUGUCGGUUGCCUAUCGCACCAAGCUGACCAUUUCACCUACGGCUGGUCAUCAGGUGGCGGCGGCAGCCCAUCAAGGAGAGCAGCAAAACACUAUUAUGCUGAAGUCAGAUCACUUUCGGCCCGCCAGCGAUGCCAGUUCACCCACGCAGCAGUUGGCAACGGUUAAGUUUGGAGCGGGCGUGGGUGGCGCGGGCACUGGAGCAGCGACCGAUAAGCGUUUCAUAGAUAUCGAGAAGCCAUUGCGCCCGGGUGCGUUUACGGACCUAGGCAAGCUGCGCCAGUUUACGGAGCAUGAUUUUGUGCUGCCAGAGACGCCGCCGUUUGAGUGGAUGCUGCGGCGUACGCGGCAUGAGAGCAACGGCAGCGGCUCAAUUGAGUCGCUGAAUCGAAAAUGUGAAUCGCCAGUCAACAACAAUAAUAAUAACAACAACAACAACAUCAACAACAACGUUAAUGGAAGCAACAACAACAUUAACCACAACCACAAUAACAACAACAACUCGACAGCGUUUAAAAGCUUUGAGAAGCCAACUGUUGCAGUCCCCUGUGCCACAUCACCAAUCAAGAGUCUCCUAAUACCCGCCAGCAGCUCCACUUUGCGUCACAAUUCUGCACCCACGUUGCAGGAACAACAGGCGCCAGCACAGCAGCCCCCUCCAGAUGAUGAUAGUCUGCUCAAGGAGUUGCAUUUUCCCUUCGCCUCGCCCACAUCCCAUGUCAACGAUCUGGCCAAAUUCUAUCGGGAAUGUUACCAUGCGCCGCCACUGCGCGGCCUCAGCGAGUUGCAAGUCCCCAACUUAACCAGCUGUGGCGCCACAGCAGCAGCAUCCGCGACUGCCGCGGCAUCUGCUUUGGCCAGCACAGCCGCAGUCACAGUCGAUGGGAGCAUGGAUGAUUUGUCGCGCCAGCUGGAACAAUUUGAGACAUCGCUGGAAGAUUACGAUAAACUCGUCUCACAGUUUGGACUGAGCGGCUCCUCAUCCACGGGCAGUCGCAGUAGUGGCGGCCUCCAGAUGAGCAAUUGAACAGCGAUCGCGAACGAGGGUCUUUUUAAUAAUAGUUCAUACUAAUUCAUGCAUCAGUGUUAGGCUCUAAAUUUGGAUUUUCUUCGGCUUGUCGUUAAUUGUGCUGUCUUCAAAAUGUUUAAACUGGCUUUAAGUUAUUAUGAUAUUAUCAAAUUCAUGUCUCAUUGCAUACAUAUAGCAGGAAACAAAUGUUUAGAUAUAGGCUAAUUAUAUGGGCUCUAGUUUUAUAUAGCUAUCGAGUAGGAAGCUCAUCCCGUUUCACGUUUUCAGUGCAACGAUUUAAAUACGAAUACCCACACCCACAUAUAUGUCAUUAGAUUGGAGCGUACUCAUCGCUUGGUUGUUUAUUUUCCUCUUUGUUCAUGUGCCUUCAAAUACGAUUGGAACUACAUAUAUGUACAUAUAUACAAGUAUCAAAUUAUAUUCAUGCAUACAUUAUGUUUUUAAGCUAACGUUUCUGUAAAUGCCUCACUUAAAUAUUGAAAGCGAUUGUAAAUUUCAUCAAAUUUAGUUUUAAGUCCCAGUGUGAGUUGCCUUUUGUUUAUCAACUAUUUAAGAUUGAAAGAAAAAAACUAUUAGCUUAACUAAAUGUGUAUGAAUGUGUCAAACGAAAGACUUAAAAAUUAGUUUAACAAGAUAUCGUACAUAUUUGUUUGAUAAUUUGUAAAUAGCAUGGGAGAGAGAAUAAAAGCAGCUGCAAAAACAAUUGUAAAAUAUACAAUGAAUGCAUUCUAUUCUAA